AUGAUUCCUUGUUCUCGGAUUGCGUUUCUGUUAAGAAGUCGCUUAGUUAUCAAUCAAAUUUAUUCUAAAAGAUCAUCUGUUAAAUUUAUACACCAAAAUGUAAUCCACAAAAACAGUAUUCAGCAGAUCGAACAGAAUACCAACGAAAAUAAAAUUUACACCUUAAAUGAAAGAAAGCAAAAUGCUAAGAAAGAGGAUGAAGCAAUGAGAUUGCUUACACACAAAUUCAAACAUUGUUUUGAGAUCACAGACAUUGAAGCCAAAAAGAUUAUCACACAACAAAGUAAUUUAUUAAAGUUACCAUUAGAAGGAAUAACAAUGAAUAUUGAACUUUUAUUUGAUCAAAAUGUGACAUCUAAAAGUAUAAUUGAAAAUGUUUGGGUUUUAGGAAUGUCAGAAAAAAACCUUGUGGAAAAACUACAUCUGAUAAGAAGGAUGGAUCCAGGUGAUAUUAAUGAUUUCCUUCCACUUAUCCGUGUGACAAAGCCGAAGCUUUUCCAAACUAUCAAAAAUGCAAGCAAAGAGAGGAACGUCGUUCCAGAAGGCAACAGAAUUUAUUAUUUCGCAAAACGCUUAGAUGUUGAGCCUUCUUUAGUGUCGAAGUAUUUCUCAACUCACAUGUUUAUGUUUGAAAUUAGUUACGAAAUGCUUGUAGCGAAUCUUAAUAUAAUGCUGGAAUAUAAAAUCACUUCAAUGAGCAUUCUUCGUGAUCUUUGGGCUUUCAAGUAUUUACCAUCAUCGAUUAGAGUUCGCUUAGAGCGUUGCAGGAAAGCUGGAAAGAGGAACUUGAAGCCUUGGAUUAUUCGAUGUCCUGAAGAAGUUCUCGACAGAACUUUGACAUUGUCACAAGAGAGUAAAAGUUUGUUGGGCGACAAUACCAUCGUGGAAUAUUUAUCUGAGAGACUUGGGUAUGACAUCCCUACAAUAGAGUUGAUUGUUAAAAAGCACACAUUAGUCUUGAAUAUUCGAAUAACAAAAGUAAAAGAUGUACUUGACUACCUCCUUGAAGAAGAAAAGUUUCAACCCUUUGAAAUAGCAAACAAUGUAAGAAUUUUAUGUCAUUCGCUUGAAACAACAAAGAAAAGAAUUGGAGAAUUGAAGAAACAUGGAUGUCGACCAUCUUCAUUAGUGAUCAUUUGUAAAUCGCAGUCCGAAUACAAAAAAUUCCUACGAAAUUGGAUUGAAAAACGAGACGCUAUGGGAGCGAAAGGAAAGUUUUGA